AUGACUCCCAUAGAUAUAUUCUUUCGAUCUCUAUCUGAUACCGCUCUAGAUGGUCUAAGCUGGGUGGCCAGUGAGCGCACAGUGCUAGAGAGACUGUUUGAUGUCGAGCUGCUUGCUAGAGAGGCUGGCAACACCAGCGCUCUGCUCUAUGAUCCUGAUAUGAAUGCACCUACCUGUUUUUCAGUCACUUGGUGGGGUGAAGAGUGGUCUCUCGGAACGUUUGACGCCAUGCUAUUCGGAUGCAUCUUCAUUGCAACAACAAAUUCACUGCUUUCUGCGUUAAUCACCAUUAUCGUGUGGCAGAUCCUGAAAUGUGCGCGAUCGUGGUCUGGAGACAGAAAUCAACGAGAAAAAACCAACAUUGAAAUAAUUCAUUAAUUAAAGAUAAAUAGAAAAUAAUCUAUAAAGAAAGCAGUUUUAUUACUUACUAUGUCGCGUACGUUUGAUUAACCGUAACUUUAGCGGAAUCGG